AGACGCAAGGCUGAGUUAGGACAGGCAGGACAGCCCCGGGCUUUGCCACCCAGGCUCCUGCACCCCACCCCCGGCAGCCCCCGGCGCCAUCGCGGUUCCGGGUCCCUGGUGGUGGGAACCUCCCCUCGCCGCGGCCAGCCCGGCGUGGCGGUGGGCACCGGGAAGUCGGCGCAGCGCGGCGCUCGCUUUGCGGCGCGACCGUAAAGCGCCGUCUUUCUCCGGGGACGUCGCCGAGCCCGAGUCGCCGUCGCGGUUGUCGUCCGCCCCGGGUAGCUGCCGCCUGGUGGCUUUCCGCUUCUCCUGUGGGUCUGGAUUUCGUGGUGGCCCUUGGGGAAGGCGCGGGGCUGUGACUUGGGGAGGGCCGUUGGGGAACGGCAGGGCGGCCCGAUCCUUAGCGCCCUCCAGCCUCGGCGCUGUCCGGGCCUGCGCGGCGGGCGCCAGUGGCGGGUCCCCCCGCUGUCACCAGCCCGACGAGGCCGCCUGCCCGGCGCCCAUGGCCGGCCGCUCGCUGGGGAAGGCCGUGGCCGCCGUGUCUGUGUCUGUGGCCCUGGCCUGGGUGGCUGUGCGCGCUGCCGCGGGCUGCCGCCGCAUCCCGGCCUACAGAGACUCAUUUUCGUCUUGUUGGAUUCAUCAUAAUUACAACAAUAUGUCUAAGUCUAUUAGUGCCAAAAACAAUUUCCACAAGAAAGCACGGACAUCUCCGUACCCAGGCUCAAAAGUGCAGCGUAGCAAGGUUCCUGAUGACAAGGUGGGCUGGCUGGUGGAGUGGCAGGACUACAACCCUGUGGAGUACACGGCAGUGUCUGUCCUGGCUGGACCCGAGUGGGCGGAUCCUCAGAUCAGUGAAACUAACUUUUCCCCCAAAUUUAAUGAAAAGGAUGGGCAUGUUGAGAGAAAGAGCCAGAACGGCCUGUAUGAGGUUCAAAAUGGAAGACCUAGAAAUCCUGUAGGUCGGACAGGACUGGUUGGCCGCGGGCUUUUGGGACGGUGGGGCCCAAAUCAUGCUGCAGAUCCCAUCAUAACCAGGUGGAAAAAAGAUAGCAGUGGAAAUAAAAUCACCCACCCUGUUUCUGGGAAACGCAUCUUACAGUUUGUUGCAAUAAAACGAAAAGACUGUGGAGAAUGGGCAAUCCCAGGGGGCAUGGUGGACCCAGGAGAGAAGAUUAGUGCCGCACUGAAAAGAGAAUUUGGUGAGGAAGCUCUCAACUCCUUACAGAAAUCCAGUGCUGAAAAGAAAAAAAUAGAGGAACAAUUGCACCGACUCUUCAGCCAAGACCAUCUAGUGAUAUAUAAGGGAUAUGUUGAUGACCCUCGAAACACUGAUAAUGCCUGGAUGGAGACGGAAGCUGUGAACUACCAUGAUGAAACAGGUGAGGUCAUGGAUAAUCUCACCCUAGAAGCUGGAGAUGAUGCUGGCAAGGUGAAAUGGGUGGACAUCAGUGAUCAACUUGAGCUGUAUGCCAGUCACUCUCAGUUCAUCAAGCUCGUGGCUGAGAAACGGAACGCGCACUGGAAUGCGGAGUCGGAAGCUGACUGCCAGGGCUUGUAGCUGGUGGCCCCUCGGGAGCCAGAGGCCAGCCAGGGAGCAUGUGCAAGAAACGGCCCGGUACAGCACUCAGACCGCGGAAGUGGACAAGGUAGCUGCUUGGCCUGUGCACUUUCAAAGCUUCCCAGUUAGAAGGUCUUGUAUGAACUUGAAAUGAAUAAAUACGAAACAAAACACGGAAUUUUCAGCUUUCUGGUCAAAAGAUACAAAAAGAAUCAUUCUAAAAAUAGAAUGGCCUGCUUUAAACUACAAUUAAGUCAUUUCCUUCCUUUGAAGAAUGCUGGUUAGAAUAAGUUCCUGAUCGGCCCUGACUGCUACUUUUGUUUUCUCUCUGGGUCUCAACCACCUGCUCCUCUGAGAUCUCAGAGUCCCAGCACCUCAGGCCUCUCCUGGAGCAGCAUCCCUGACUGUGCUUGCUCAGCCUGGCUGUCCUUUAAGUUAUUUGCUUCACAUUUUGCUUUGUAUGAUUUUAUACUCAAGUUCAUUUCGAAAGCAGAAACUGAUGUGUGCUUGACUAUAGUCGUCCAUUUUAUGAUCAUUUCAGUUAUCCUUUAGUCAGUAAAAAUUAAAAAUAAAUAAGCAUUUAUACCCUCCUUUCCAGCCAAUCUGAAUUUUAAAAGUAUGUCCAAGGAAUUAGCAAUAUAAAUAUUUUUUAUUUCAUUCUGUUCUUAGCUGCUGUAUAAGCCAAUUUAAAAAUAAAUAUUCUUAAAGGAAUUAAAAUCAGGGAGAGAUGGAGGUCUUUGUGUGUUAAAAGUGUUUUUGUUAGGAAGAGAAUGGUAAGGAUGAAAAUCGGCUUUUGGGACACAUGUAGUCAUCAUAAGUUCCAGAGAAAAGAAAAGGAAUCUCUUGGGAGGCAGAAAAGGAAAGCUAACCCUUCUCGUUGGACGCAUGUUCUUUUGAGGGUAUUCAUUAGGCAGUUCUGUACACUAACUCCUUCCACCUGCAACAGGGGCCAUGCAGCAUCAUCAUUAUUCCAGCUGAGUUACAGGUGGAACAUCGGAAGAGUGGUAGGGAACAGAUGGUGGUUCUCUUCUCAUGGUUGAAGCUACGAGCUACUCUGCAGCUUAAGAACAGAAGUUGGGAUAAAAUAAAGUAGGAUUAUUUAUUUUUAAAUCUGACAUCAAAACUUGGUGGGUGGUAAGCCUAAGCUGGACUAAAGGGGGCCUCUUCUGUCCGCAGUGUGAAGGUGAGGCUUGUGAGGGACACUGGGGUGUUUGAUUCAGGGUGCUUUGAACCACUCUGGUGAGUUAGUGAGGCUUAUGCACAGUUUUAAUUUUUUUUUAAAGGUUUAAAAUAUUGAAUUCUAGAGCAUAUAAUAAGGGACUUACUUGACAGAUGUCACCUGCCCAGUGGUGAGGGGCUGGAUGGACUUCGCCCAGUUUGAAGGAGUCAGUUCCUGUUAACUGGCAAGAAGAACGUGCUUUUUCCUGACAUUGAGUAAAUUUCUCCAUACUUGAAUCUACUUAGAGAAGUUCUUAAAAAAAGUUCAGCAGUUCUCCAAAAAGCUGUUAAAACUAUGACACGAUCCCCAUAUAAAUUGUCUUAAAUUUUAUUAGUUUAAAAAGCAGUGUGACAGGGAGGCAGGGAAGGAGAAGGUGAGAGAGGUUUUCCAUCCACUGGUUCACUCCUCAAAAGCCACGAGAACUGUGUAAGGUCAGACUCCAGCCGGAAGCCUGGAACUCCAUCUUGGUCUCCCCCAGUGGUAACUGGGAUCCAGGUACUUGGGUCAUUGUAUGCUACCUUUGCAGGUGAUGUUGCACAUGGUGUCACAACACCAGCCCCUCUGAAUAAAUUCUUUGCUCCAUUUUUGAGUUUCCAUUGGAACAUUUAGAAGGUAUGAAAAAUGAUAAAACCAGUAUCAACUAUAAAUUACACAGGGGCAGAUAAUCUGAUAACUGAAUAUUCUAACAGAGAAAAAACAGAUUAAAAUGGUAAAAGCAUUCCAAAAGGCAUAUCUGUUUGAAUAUUAGGUAAUAUUCUCUUCAUAUUUGCUUUAUAUUUCCAAUAUAAGGAUAUACUUUUUUAGAUACAUUUGGUAAUAUAUAAAGCAAUAGAAAGUUUACUGAAUGAUUGUUAUGUAAUUUAAUCCUCAUGACAAUCCUGGGAAAUUAUGUGAUGUUAUUUUCAUUUUAUAAAUGAAGGAAUUUAUAGGUUAUCCAAAAUUUCAUUCAGUAAAAUAGAGCUAAGCUUUGCCUAACGCCACAUCUAUUCCCAGUCUAUUGCAUCCCUUGCUAAGGUCAUCAAUCUGUGAUUCAUUACUGUUAAGUAUGCAACUUGGAAGGCUGUGCUACAUAGGAAUGAAGUGGUUGUAUUAUCCAUCCUAAUGCAGUCAUACUUAAUGAUGGGAAAUUUAAGGGCCACACUGAUUUGGCUAGUAUUUUGAAACUGUUUACAUAAUUUUGGCCAAAGUUUUAAUAAUAUCUUAACCUAAGAAUAAAUGGCUAAAAUCAGUGUUUGUUUUGCCAGCUUAGAUUCUUGAGCUUUUGGAAUCAUUUCAGACUCAAAAGCUUUUUGCUGUGUUUACACAAGAUCAUGGUUAUCUAAAAAAGCUAGAUAUUUGUUAAAGCAGCGACGUGAACAUGCUAGCAACUCUGAGAGACUACUCCCAUUUACCAGGGCAUGUCUCCUUAUGCUUGGCACUGCUGGGGCUUGGUGUUUAUAACGAAUUUGAAAAGACAGCACUUGAAGAAAGCAUUUCUAAUUACUCUGAUUGUUUACACUUUCUUUCAUAAUGUUACAAAUUUAC